AUGUGGGACCAGCUAAAAUUUGACUUUGGUGGUACGACCACCACUAGACUUGGCAGCUUAGUGCUGAAAUUUGAGGUCUACCGAAAGGAUCCCAAGCAUUCAAUGACAGAACAUCUAAGAAGGAUGUCGUCAAUGAUUCGUGAGUUGAAAUCUGCUGGGAAUGUUCUUAGUGAUGAACAACAAGUUUUAGCUGUGAUAAGGUCAUUGCCUGAUUCUUGGGUUCAUAUGAAGCAAAUUCUGACUCAUAAUGAAAGCAUUAAUAAUUUCUCUGACAUCUCUCGACACGUUGAGCUUGAAGCUGAGCGCCAAGAGGUGACACAUGUGGCUACCUUGUAUGCUCAAGGUGAGCGCAAACCACAAGUGAAGCGCAAGAAAAAUAGCCAAACAAAUGCGGGACAGGCAGAAAAACCAGCUAAGCGCCGUCGUGGCAAGCGUGCUGACUUGUUUAAUUCUGUUUCUUCUGAGACUUUAGUGUCCGAUGCUAGUAGUAGUAGUGUUAUUGACUGUGUGACUUGGCAUGCUAGACUAGGAAAUAUCGGGCAAGAUAGGAUGACUCGCUUAGCUCGAGAAUGUCAUCUAGGCUCACUCGCUAAAGUUUCCUUACCCGUGUGUGAACCUUGUCUAGAAGGAAAAGCUUGUAGAAAACCUUUUGGUAAGGCCAAACGUGCUGAUCAACCUCUUGUGCUAAUACAUUCUGAUAUUUGUGGACCUAUGAAUGUUAAAGCUAGACAUGGUUAUUCUUAUUUUCUCACAUUUAUUGACGAUUAUACGCGAUUUGGUUAUGUAUAUUUGAUUGCUCAUCGCUACGAAGUGGAGAAGAAUAUAAGAGCUUUGUUGCAGAAGUAG